CGCCCGAAUAAGUUGGAAGUUGGUUUUGCUUCAGCUCGCCCGGCACAAGCCUUGGUUUUUUUUUUACCUGCAUCUUGCAUACUUCUACAACUACCGAGCAGCAACACUUUCAAUCGCAUUCUUCAGAACGCAUUUCCCACAUACACUCGAACCUCGAAAUCAAUCAAACAAGCAAUCAUGUCUUCUAACAAGUUCGAUUCUCAGGCUUCUACCAACUACAAGGAGGCUUUCGCUCUGUUCGACAAGCGCGGAAAUGGCCGUGUCACUGUUGACAGCCUUGGUGAUCUGCUGCGCGCCUGCGGCCAGAACCCCACCCUCGCUGAGAUCCAGGACCUCGAGAAGAAUGUCGGUGGUGAAUUCGACUUUGAGACAUUCCAGCGUGUUUUGAACCGCCCCGGCGGUUUCCGCGACCCUGGCGAGCCUGAGGAAUACUGCCGCGGUUUCCAAGUGUUUGAUAAGGAUAUGACGGGUUUCAUCGGCGUCGGCCAGCUCAAGUACAUUCUGACAAACCUGGGCGAGAAGAUGACUGAUGAGGAGGUCGAUGAGCUCCUCAAGGCCGUUGACACCAGCUCAGGCCAGGUCAACUACACAGACCUUGUGCGAACCAUUCUCGCCAACUAGACAAUGUACAGAUAUGGGCGGGUUAGGUUAUGCAUAUGCGUUGACGGACCGGCGUUUGCUUGUUUGAUUGAUUAUGGAUAUGGAUGGAAAUCGGCUAUGGGAACGCUGAAAUGAUGAAUUAUUGCUGCGCAUUCGCGACGCACUAGCAUGUUGGAUUUUCGUAGAUACCUACUUAGGGGAACAGGGAGUCUAGAAAUGAAGCUCUAUGUGCCUUGG